GUUUCUAAUUACAAUUUAAAGAAUGAAUGACAAACAAUUAAUUUUUAUAUGCGCACUUCUCUUUUAUUUGUAUUUCGAUUCGAAAGAGAAGAAAACAGAGGAAACCAUUAUUGCAAAAGAAAUUCAAAUAAAUCAAACCUUUAUUCCGGCAGACGUUCUAAGAGACUUUCCCGGAAAAUGUUUUGCCGUGAAUCAUUGCAAAACUUUUGAAGUUGGAGAAAGUUGGGAUUUAAAAACAAAAUGCGGUCGUUCAACAUGCGUUCAAGAUGAACUUAUCAAAGACAAACUUUUCGAAAAAGUGGAAACCUGCGAACAUUUGCCACCGAAUAAAGAAAAAUGUGUUGCAGGUAUCGACAAAAGCAAAAUAGUUGUACCAUAUCCUCAUUGCUGUCCUAACUAUAUUUGCGACCGACAAUUGAAAGAAAAAGAGAAUAAUGAAGAAGAAAAGAGAAAAAGAGAAAGGAUUGAACUUUAAAAAUAUAAUGUAUAUCUAAAACAAUAUAUAAUUAUAGCUACCACCCAUAAAUAAAAGAGUACAUUAUUAUGUAUUAUAUAUUAAAGUAGUCGUGCUGUUUGUACAGUUCUCUUAUUUCACUAUGUAACAUAUUUUAUUUAAAAAU